CAUGAAUGGUAAUGGUCCCAUGAAUGGCAAUGGUCCCAUGGAUGGCAAUGGUCCCAUGGAUGGCAAUGGUCCCAUGGAUGGCAAUGGUCCCAUGGACGGCGAUUCUUCGGACUCUGGGGACAACUCCAGUCAAAACGGUCCUUCAAGAGACGAGCCUGGCGAGGAGUUAUUACUCACGCUCUAUAAUGGGGCAACCGAUAUUCUCCGACAAUAUCUUUCGAAUGAAAGGCAGCAGAGCGACUUAUUUGUUGUUGCUGAUCCAGACCCGAAACCAUACCAGCCUCUCGAAGAAUACAACGACAAGAUUAUAAAGCGCAUUGGUAAGAAACGCGGGAAAAAAUACAUCAUUCGGUAUAUCUUGUUCAAAACCUACCUGCGCAAUGUUAGCGACUUGGAAUCCAAGAUUGAGGCCACGAACAAUCUACAUAAGGCAACACAUCGUAAGGAAUUAUCCGUACUUCACAUCGGCGACAUCUCAAAGGAAACAGAAAAGACGAUUUUGCCCGCUGGUGGGCGGCGCAACACGAAGCCAGAUAUGAAGAUGUGCAUUCAUAUGCGGCGGUGUCAAAGAACCU